GACUUUACGACCCCCCACGACAGCGUCACAACCUUGUUUCUCAGUCUGACGCUUUUGACGCUUCUUAACGACGUUUCCACGAUUCCCCAUUCUCCUCCUAAUCUCUUCGGCUCGGUCAUGGGAUUCAGAUCUCGUGUUCGAGAAUAUGUUCGGAGUUUGACAUCUCGUCGUCAUCUACGAAGAGUUGUUAAUUUUUCAACAUCCGUACCACCACCUUCGACUUCACCGGGGACAGCUUUGUCACCGAUUAGUGAGGAAAGUGCCCACUUGAGGGCGGAAGAUUUCUCAGCAUCCGAAGGUCACGAUGAUGUUCCGACGACAACGCUGCCAUCUCACGCUAGGCGAGACCGUGCAGCACAAUCCCCAAAUGACCCUAUUCAGCGGUCUGCUCAACGAACCACCCCCCUCGAAGAAAAUACCAACCGUACAAGAUUCCAACUCCCUCCAACCCAAAUCUAUACAGAUUCAACCUCACAUGCGUAUGUUCCACCGACACCAUCCCUAUACAGUGACCAAUAUGUUCGCCUUGGGCCGUCGAAAUGUUUCGUCGUUCCAGCAGGCAGAGAUGACUAUCUCGUCCGAAUCAUACGACUUGUUCACCUUGGCGAUGUAGAAUCUGCACGCCCCGACGAAAUCAAGUUUUCAGCUCCCAACUCGUACUAUGCACCCAAAAUCGGUCAUUGCGUUCUUCUACAGUGCGGUUACCAACAAUAUAUUGCCCGUGUCAUCCUCAAAAUAUCUGCAGAUGAGGGGCCUAAUGAGGUCGCUUUUCGAGCUAGGGAUCCUCAUGAUGAAAAGAGUAUUUCCCGGAUCUUAGAUGAACCCUCUCUCUCCCCUCAGCCUCUCGAUCCAAAUUCUUCUACCUCUGAUAUGUCUGUGUUUGAAGUUGCCGCUUCACCUUAUACCCCUGCGCUCAGCGACAUGGCUUUGUUGCGGACCCCAGCAAACCGGAUUAGCAGCAUCAGGCAGCGCUCCCGCGGCUCACUAGACAGCUCAACAAGUAGUAACUCAAGCAACGUUCAGGCUGACACUCGACGCGAGGAAGACGCAGCUCCGCCUCAGGACUCGAAGAACGAUCCGGGGAAACAACAACCCCCCCAGGCCGUGUCAGAGAGUAGAACUAGUAAAAGCGAACCGACGCAUCUUGAGGCGGGGGGACAAGCCUCGAAGCUACCACCUCGACAAACCCCGGAAGGUGACGAUGGGCGGCCUCAUUCUCAACAAGAGCACGAAGAAACAGAGGCCGAUGAUCCUAGUAGCGAUUCCGAACAAAUGGCAUCCUCUCUCGACGAUCUCAAGAACCUCCAACCAUUCGAAUCUCCAUACGUUCCCUCUUCAGGUGAAAAUAGUGGCUGGAAUACUCCUCGUCGGUUACCUCACUCACCUCCCCGCUCCCAACCUCGAAUGCCAAAUAGCGUUCUUUUACCCCCUCGUAUGUACGUUCAAGGAUGGAGUGGGGGCCGAGCAUCCGGCGAUGAAAGCUCCGACUCCGUCUCGCGAUAUGAAUCCGAGGACCAACGAGGUUAUCCGACUCCAAUCCUGCCCAUUACACCACCCGGCUUCGUACCCUUCAAUCGAGUCCCUCCACAAUUCGCUACUCCCACUCGAAUGCGCCAUCCUUCCGAAUCUCCAGAGGGCGUGCUAUACUACGAUUAUACUCCGGGAUAUCCAAACGCCAACUUGAACGUCCGCUUUUCUGACUACGCGUCAGUGCGGGUCCACGAAGAAGCUAGUCCUUCUUUGAGAUCACCCAGAGGUUCUUCAUCGAUAGGUCAACGUCGUCGGAGUACCACGAUGACUAUACCCCUUCCGCCUUCUCCAACAAGCCCGGAACCCAUUACAGGACCUUCCACCGGUUCCGGGAAAUGAUCGUUCAGAAGUGGAUUAGCGACAGUGAAUUGUCCUACGCUAGAACCGCCAGAUCAGUGAAUGAGAUCAGAGAGAGCGCCGCGCAUUCGAAUUCGUAUUGGACCCGUUCCCCGUUCCAGAACU